GCUGUGAAUCGUGAUCUGCAAAAGCCCGUCGAUCCCAAAGACCUCCAACGGAUUUCUCGGUUUUCUUCCUUUCGUUCAAUCCGCUCCCAGGCUUGCAAUUGCUGAACGCCCUGUUUGCAACAACCAACACAACCGCCCCACCCGCUUAGAACGCUCCAGACCGCCCCCAUGGUCAAGCGAAGCAGGGCCGAGUUCCUGGCCUCAAACCUGCCGCAGCUGCAGAACCUCAUGAAGAGGGACCCUCGCUCCUACGAAGAAGAAUUCUCCCAGCAAUGGAGGCACUACGAGAGCGAGCUCGCCAUCUUCCGUCUCAAACCCGACUCGGAGGCCAAGGAGUUCGCCGACCUCAUCACCUUCAUAUCUCACGUCUCGCAGUGUUAUACCCAGCAAUGUGCAGAGUUUCCCCAACAAAUAAUGGACCUGCUGUCCACCCACUACCAAAUUCUCGAGCCGGACUUGAGGAAGACUAUGGUGCAAGCCUUAGUUCUGUUAAGGAACAAGGAUUUGAUCUCCGCCACAAGCUUACUGUCGCUCUUCUUUACGCUGUUCCGCGCGAAGGAUAAGCAGCUUCGUGCGCUGCUGCACAACCAUAUCGUAAACGACAUUAAGAACGCUAAUGCAAAGUCGAAGAACAAUAAGCUCAACAAAACGCUCCAAAACUUCAUGUACAACAUGUUGAAGGACUCAAACGAAGUUGCUGCGAAAAAGUCUCUGGAGGUCAUGAUCGAUUUGUAUGGAAAGAACGUGUGGAACGAUGCCAAGACCGUCAACGUCAUCGUUGAAGCCUGUUUCUCACCGUCGCCCAAACUCUGUGCACCGGCCCUGCACUUUUUCUUGGGAACGAACGAAAAGAAGGAUGAGGAUGAGGAUUCGGACACGGAAGCCCCGAACAUCGAGUCGAUUAAGCACAUGAUGCACGUCAAUAAAAAGAAAAAGUCGAAAAAGACCGCGCUCGACAAGGCCAUGGCGACCGUCAAGCGGAAAGAUCGUGCCAGGGCGAGAGCGGAGAUCUUCAACUUCUCCGCUCUGCAUCUGGUGAACGAUCCUCAGGGAUUUGCCGAAAAGCUCUUCUCUCGCUUGAAGCACACGACAUCAACCAAUGCGUUCCGCUUCGAGCUUCGGUUGCAGAUGAUGAACUUGGUGUCCCGGCUGAUUGGUGUGCACAAGUUGAUAUUGUUCGGAUUCUACGAGUACGUAGUCUCGUUCCUGAAGCCACACCAGCGCGAGGUGACCGCCAUAUUGGCGUACGUAGCGCAAAGUUCGCACGAUCUCGUGCCUCCAGACGCGCUCGCGCCUGUGGUCCAAGCGAUCGCCGACAACUUUGUAUGGAACAACGUCUCUUCUGAAGUCGUUACGGCUGGUCUGAACGGCUUACGUGAGAUCUGCGCACGUUGUCCUCUCGCCAUGUCGGAGAGUCUCCUGCAAAGCUUGAUCGAGGACUACAAGAACACCAGGGAGAAAGGCCCCAUGAACGCGGCCCGAUCUCUCCUCGGACUCUACCGGGAAGUGAACCCGGAGAUGCUGAAGAAGAAGGACCGUGGAAGGUCCGCCGCCGUUAACCUGAAGGACUUCAAGCCCGCACGAUACGGAGAAGUCCUGAACGACGACGUUCUGGAGGUCGCUGAUAUGCUGGAUCCUCGGAGAGCGAAGGCUGCGGCUAAGGAGGCCACCGCUGACAAGCAGGAGGACGGAUGGGAAGGCUGGGAAGAGGCUAGUGACGAGGAAGUUGUUGACGGCGAAGACGAUGAGGACAAGGAAGGCUGGGAGGACGUCUCGAGCGAAGGCGAAAAGCCUACGGGAGAAGAUGGUUGGGAAGGUUGGGAAGAAGCCAGUCUGGAUGGUGGGGACGAAAAGGACUCUGAUGCCGAGGCUGACUCCGAUGCGGAGGAAGAGGAAGAGGAGGCGGAAGAGGUUGUAGUUGAAGAGACAGAAGAGAUCACAGUUGUAGAAACCACGGAGGGGGCUGCUAAGGAUGCGGAACCCUCCCCACCCAAGAAGCAAAAGCUCGGCUUGGCAGCUGAAAAGAUUCUCACCGACGCGGACCACCGAAAACUCCGCAAGAUUCAGCAACUCAAGGCUGCCAACAAGAUGGCCGGUCUGAGCUUCACCCCCGAAGACAUCGAUGUGAGCUCGGAUGAUGAGGAAGGCGACGAGGACUCGGACACCAAUGGUGACGUGGUCGACGUCUCCCGCAUCAUGCGCGGCAUCCGCCGGAAAGACGACUACGAAGCGCGUCUCGCGUCCAUCAAGUCCGGGCGCGAAGACAAAACCUACGGUUCUCGUAAAGGCAAAGAAGAGCGGAGCAGCAAGACCAACCGCGAAAAGGCCAAGACCACCAAAGCGUUCAUGAUGGUGGUGCAUAAGCGGAGUGUAGUGGGGAAGGCGAAGCGGUCGCUGAGGGAGAAGCAGAAGGUGCUGAGGCAGCAUAUCACGAAGCAGAAGAAGCAGCAUUAAGGCGCAUGCGGGGUCUGUUUUGAGAGUAGGGUUUAGAGCACAUUUGUAAAUUAUGAGAAUGGUUUUUUUUUAUCAAUCACAAGCAUUACGACAUUGAGCA